UCCAGCAGGGGUCACUGUUGGCUCUGAACUCGGUGACUUUGUUUACUUGCCGCUGGGUCUCUUUGCUCGCUCCGAGACUCAAAGUGCGCAGAAAGGAGGAACAUGUGCGCCGUGCAGCUGCUGCGGGUGUCGGUACAUGAGCGGAUCAGCGCUGCCGCUGAAGACUUUCUGCUGCAGGUGGAGAAAGGUGAAGAAACGGCUCAAGUCCCGGCGCUGAGAGCGAUGCUCACCGAGCGGCUAACGGCGGCGGUGGAGGAGAUCCUCGCGGUGUUUGAGGAAACCGUGGUGGAGUACGAAGACAGAGUGGAGCGGUCAGAGCGGGAGAUCUGCCGCCAGAGGAGGCUGCUCGAUGCCGUGAUGAAGCCCGAAGUCCGGCUGCACAGAGCAGACUUCCUGCAACUGGUGGUGAGUAAAGAAGAGGUUACCCCUGAGCAGCAGCAGUGCAGCCCCCGUGUGGACCAGGAGGACCCAGAGCUCCCCCACAUUAAAGAGGAACCGUGGACCAAUCAGGAGGGAGGGCAGCUUCAAGGACUGGAGGAGGCUGAUAUCAAGUUCACAUUGACUCCUGUCGCUGUGAACAGUGAAGAAGAGAAACUUCAGUUGUCACAGCUUCAUCAGAGUGAGAUGAAGGAGAACAGAGCGGACUGUGGAGGACCAGAACCACCCAGGAACUCAGGUCCUGAUGGACAUUUACAACCAGGCCCUGAGGACAAGACUGAAGACUCUUCUGAGACUGAAGACAGUGAGAAUGAUUGGAUGGUGACCAGGGAACCUCAGUCUGGUUUAAAUACAAGAAAUAACAAACAGCCUCUAAGUGAUAUGGGAUGUAAGGCAGAAAAUAAAUCGUUUAGUUGCUCUAAGUGUGGUAAAAGAUUUAACCAAAAGGGCCAUCUAAAUAAACAUAUGAGGUGUCAUACAGGAGAGAAACCGUUUAGUUGCUCUGAGUGUGGUAAAACAUUUAACCAAAAGGGCAAUCUAAAUAAACAUAUGAGGUGUCAUACAGGAGAGAAACCGUUUAGUUGCUCUGAGUGUGGUAAAAGAUUUAUCCGAAGGAGCAGUCUAAAUAUACAUAUGAGGAUUCAUACGGGAGAGAAACCCUUUAGUUGCUCUGAGUGUGGUAAAAGAUUUAUCCAAAGGGGCUGUCUAAAUACACAUAUGAGGAUUCAUACGGGAGAGAAACCCUUUAGUUGCUCUGAGUGUGGUAAAACAUUUAGUCGAAAGGACCAUCUGAAAUUACAUAUGAGGAGUCAUACAGGAGAGAAACCAUUUAGUUGCUCUGAGUGUGGUAAAACAUUUAACCAAAAGGGCGAUCUAAACCAACAUAUGUUGUGUCAUACAGGAGAGAAACCAUUUAGUUGCUCUGAGUGUGAUAAAAGAUUUAACAAGCAGCAAAAUUUAAAGAGACAUUUGAGAGUUCACGGGAGAGAAAUCUUUAAGUUGUACUGAGCGUGGGUAAAAGAUUUAACGAUAAUUCCAAUUUAAGGGGACAUGUAUGAAUUCAUACAGGAGAGUAAUGAUUCAGUCACAUCUUUUGCAACAAAAUAUUUAUUAGAAUUCAUCAGCAACUAUUCAUAUUAUAUUCAUUUAUAUUUAACUGUUAUAAAUCGAGAGUUAAAAAUCCCUCCGUCUUUUUUAGGGUUAGGGUUAGGGUUAGGGGUCAGAGUUUUAACAUUUUUAUGUCCCUAGAAAGUAUAACUCAUUGAAAAACACAAGAUUUGUGGUGAUAUUUCUUGUUUCUACUGAUUUGAUUAAUGCCAUAUAUAUAUAUAUAUAUAUAUAUAUAUUUUUUUUUUGUUCAUGUCUUU